AUGGCAGAGCCACAAUCCAGGCCCGAAACUGCCCCUGAUCAGGCUUUGGUUGUGGUUGAGCUGCCAUCGCAGGAUGCCGUUGCAGCGGAAGCAUCUGGAGCAGACGAGGCCAAGGCUAUCGUUGUACUAGCACCCGCGAGUGAGUUUUGCGUUGCCCGUGUCCAUGUGAAUGAGAUGGUUUUCAAGGGAGAAAAUUCGAGGGACACAGAAAUUCCCGAAAACAAACCAAGUUCGAGAGGCUCUAUUGAUAGAGAUAUCGCCCUGGCACAAGUAGCCAAGGAGAAACAGAUGUCCUAUGUGAAGGCAUGGGAAGAAAGUGAAAAGGCCAAAGCAGAUAACAGAGGUAGCUGCUUGGGAAGAAAAAAGGAGGCAGCUCUUGAAGCUGAGUUGAAAAAAUUAGAGGAAAAACUGGAGAAAAAGAAAGCAAAAUGUGUUGAAAAGAUGAAAAACAAGAUGGCUUUAGUUCACAAGAAAGCAGAGGAGAAGAGGGCAGUGAUUGAAUCCAAGCGUGGUGAAGAGGUUCUCAAGGCAGAGGAAUCUGCAGCAAAAUACCGUGCAACAGGAACCACUCCAAAGAAGAGCAUGGGCUGCUGUGGAAUGGCCUAA